GGGGACAUGAGUGGACGGCCAAAGACAAGGAGGGGGACACACUUCUUUUCGAGUUGCUCUGAAGAUCCCAGCAGCACUUCCAGUGUUGAUGAUUUGCUGUCAGAGCAGGAACUCCCUGAUGCAAAUGGGUUAGCUCGAUCCUGGAAGAUUAUCCUAACUCUUGCGUUUACAUUGACUUUUCUUCUUGUUGGAUUUAGACAUCAUGAGUGGCUUAAAGACACAGAGUUUCCCCCAAAAUCCAAACAAUUAUAUGCCAUGAUUGCAGAAUACAGUUCACGACUACAUCAUUACCAGGCCAGAUUACGUAUGCCUAAGGAGCAACUGGAGCUUUUAAAGAAGGAAAGCCAGACUUUGGAGAAUAAUUUCCGUGAAAUUCUGUCUUUAAUUGAACAAAUAGAUGUUCUGAAGGCAUUGCUUAGAGACAUGAAGGACAGCUCACACAAUUACAGCUGGGCAACUUCUGGUGAUGCCUUACAAGAAGAGGAAAGUCCAGAAGUACUGGAUGAGGAAAUGUCAAACUUGGUACAUUAUGUACUUAAAAAGCUGAGAGAAGACCAGGUUCAGAUGGCUGAUUAUGCCCUGAAGUCAGCUGGAGCCUCUAUCAUUGAAGAGAGGACCUCAGAAAGUUAUAAAAAUAGCAAGGCAAAACUGUACUGGCAUGGGAUAGGGUUCCUAAAUUAUGAGAUGCCCCCCGAUACCAUUCUCCAGCCGGAUGUCCACCCUGGAAAAUGCUGGGCUUUUGCAGGUUCCCACGGUCAUACCCUAAUCAAGCUUGCCAGGAAGAUUAUACCAACAGCAGUGACCAUGGAGCACAUAUCAGAGAGGGUGUCACCCUCGGGAAACAUCUCCAGCGCACCCAAGGAGUUCUCAGUCUAUGGUAUCACAAAAAAAUGUGACGGAGAAGAAAUUUUCCUAGGACAAUUUAUAUAUAACAAGACAGAAAACACUGUUCAAACAUUUGAACUUGAGCAUGAAGCUCCUGAAUCUUUACUAUGUGUGAAACUCAAGAUCCUUAGCAACUGGGGACACCCGCAGUAUACUUGUUUGUACCGGUUCAGGGUCCAUGGAAUCCCCAAUGAAGAGACAUAGAGGAGUUAGUAGAGGGUGGUAACCAUGCAACUAGAAUAUUCCAGGAUUCUUAUUCCCUUAGAUGAGGCUGAAUACAAGAUCAGGAAUGGAAAAAAAAUUCACAGCAGUUCCAACUUGCUAAUAAAAAGUGAAUGAAUUUUACUAAUAAAAACACACAAGUAAGUUCAA